CCCACGACGACAGCGCCCAUAACUGCAUCCCCUAAUGAGCCUGUGGGCUGGGCAGCCAGCUCCGUCUUCCUCCCGGUGACGGAUAGAGAGCGACAGAGCCGAAGCCAGACUGACCCCUAGAAAGCAACAACUUCCGGGGCCAGAAGCAUCCCUAUUGUGUGGUAAGGUAUCAGCAGAACAGAGAACGCCACUCCUACUACUGAAUACCAAGCUACAUAAAACCGAACGACUCCUACGCAUGUUUGAAUUUAAGGAGCGUUACUUUAAUGGACCAUUCCUUAAUCCAGGAAACAGUGCCGUCUAAUACUUCUGUGACUGUAGCUGGUAAAUGCCAAUAGGGUAGAAUUUGAACUCUGCGACUGAGAAGUGCGUUGCCAAGAAUUCCAGCUGCCGAGCACCUGCGAAGACCAACCAACCACUACCAAUGCGCUUCCGGGGCGUGUAGCCCCCCCCCCGCGCGGGCGCAUGCGCCAAACCGAGAGGGCUUUGCCUCACUUCCCCUAGGCCGCGUCGCUGGAGUGGUUUGUAGGCUUCGGAUUGCCUAGUGCUGGAACUCUGACGCUCCCUGUAAAUGAGACCUGAGUUGUCCGUGCAGCCACAAAAUCCAGGGUUUCAGCACCGAGGGGGUUCAUGGCUCCAGAUAAUACAUCCUGAUCCUCAAACUAAAUAGAAAGCUCCAGGAAGGAAUGAAGGAUGAAGCUCUAUAUACAGUAGUUACUCAAUAAACAGUUACCCAAAGAUAAGAAGGAAUUCCAUGAAGACGCCAUUAGCCACGAUAAUGGUGUUCGGUUUCACAGAGUAAAUUCUCUUUGAGAAGAAAUUUACAGAUAUCCAAAAGUGAUGGAGAUUGAACAGGCAGAGGCCCAGCUCUCUGAGUUAGACCUGCUAGCCAGUAUGUUCCCUUGUGAGAACGAGCUCAUAGUGAAUGACCAGCUGGCUUUAGCAGAACUGAAAGACUGUAUUGAAAAGAGGACAAUGGAGGGACGAUCUUCGAAAGUUUACUUUACUAUCAAUGUGAACCUGGAUGUAUCUGAAGAAGCAAUGGUGAUGUUUUCUCUGGCCUGUAUUCUUCCCUUUAAAUACCCUGAAGUUCUGCCUGAAAUUACUGUCAGAUCAGUAUCCCUAAGUAGAUCCCAGCAGACUCAGCUGAACACAGAUCUGACCACAUACCUGCAAAAGAAUUGUCUCGGAGAUGUCUGUAUAUUGAAUGCCACGGAGUGGGUUAGAGAACAUGCUUCUGGCUAUAUCAGCAGAGACACCAUACCUUCCCCUGCUCCAGGAAGUACACUCCAGCCAAUUGAUCUCAUUCUUACAAGACUAUGGAUCUAUAGCCAUCACAUCUACAGCAAGUGGAAAAGAAAGAAUAUUCUAGAGUGGGCAAAGGAGCUUUCCCUAUCUGGAUUUAGCAUGCCUGGGAAACCUGGUGUUGUUUGUGUGGAAGGCCCACAAAGUGCCUGUGAAGAAUUCUGGUCAAGACUCAGAAAAUUAAACUGGAAGAGAAUUUUAAUUCGCCAUCGAGAAGACAUUCCUUAUGAUGGUACAAAUGACAAAAUAGAAAGACAGAGAAAAUUUUCAGGUUUUGAAGAAAAAGUGUUCAGUGUUAAUGGAGCCAGAGGAAACCACAUGGACUUUGGUCAGCUGUAUCAGUUUUUAAACGCCAAAGGAUGUGCGGAUGUUUUCCAGAUGUUCUUUGGUGUGGAAGGACAGUGACUGGGCAAAGGAGUAUUGAAAGUAUUUUGUCACUGCUGGCCUUUUGAAUUUUCCCCCAGUCUUUCUUGAAAGAUAUGUAAGUUGGGGCGCCUAGGUGGCUCAGUCGGUUAAGCAUCUGACUUUGGCUCAGGUCAUGAUCUUGGGGAUCAUGGGUGUGCCCAUCAGGUUUCCCCUCAGCUGGAAGCCUGCUUCUGUCUCUGCCCCUCCCCCCGCUUGUGUGUUCCUUUUCAGUCUCUCUCUCAAAUAAAUAAAAUAUUUUAAAAAUAAA